CCUCCAAGUGCACUCACUGUCCAUCCGACUGCAUGCCCUUAAAUGUCAUUCCAGGUUUGCUGCUGUAACUAAUUUUCCCCAUGAAGUGCCAAAUGCCACCCAGCUAUCGCACUGCUUCCCCACCCCCCUCUGCCUUCUCCCCUGGAGAGUCUCUUUAUGGCCAGUGAAGAAAUAUGAUCCACCCUUUUUUCAUCUCAUACAGAUCUCUCCCCUGUCCUUGCUAAAAGAACAAGCCCUGUCUCUCAUCCCUAGAAGGGAGCUUGUUUUUAAAGAAACCUGCUAAUGAACCUUUAAAAAAAAACACAAACUAGAAAGAUAUCUACUUACUCAACACUUGAAAAGCACCAAAUUAAUCAGAGCUGCCUACAUUUCCACUCCCCUUUUACAAGUGUGCUUGCUUCCCUGACAGAAAGCAGCAGAGGAGAGCAACAGAGCAGGCUGGAAAGGGUUAUUGCCUGGGUAUAUCUCCGGGAUAUCAUAAGGAAAAAAACCAUAAAGAUCUAACACAUCCGUGGGCAAACCACCUCCCUAUUGUUUGUCAGGGCACACGAAUCUUAGGGCUGGAUUGGGAGCAGCAAGAUGAAAAACGAAGGGGGGGGUGUGCAGGAAAAUCAAUAAUAAACCUAUGCAAAAACAAAUCAAAUCAAAUCACAUUUCAAGAGCAGCACAAAGAGGACCCCAGAUCCGGGGCGACUGCCCUUCCCCCAGCUCUGCCUUUCUGCAGACUGCCUCUCAACUGAAGGCUGCCUUUGCUGGAGCGAUGAUAGCCUCCACAGACAUUGGUGUUCUGCUAGAAGAUGAUGUCUUCGUCGAUUUUUUCAACACCUUCCUGAAUCUUCCUGUCUUUGGUCAGACACCCAUUUACAUAACCAGUAUUCGCCAGUGGUACCUGUGGCCAGAGUUACCAUGCUCCCUGGUACCAAAGUACAAAGGUUUAUUGACAUGGAUGGAGAAAUACCGGCUGCCACAUUUCUGCAAAACCAACCUGUGCCUUCAUUACAUUCUCUGUCAGAAGCUUCUCAGUUUCAUUAGAUCCAAGGAGGCUGCAGAGAUGCUGAGAUGGAAAAGGGCAGACCAAUGGCUGCUGGAAAAGUGCAUUAGCGGUACACGAGGGAUGUGGCGCUUUCGUUCCUUCCUCCAAGAAAUGGCAGGGGAAGAACUGAUCAAGUUUUGGCUGGCUACAGAAAGGCUUCUGGAGAUUGAUGAGUCAGACGCUGUGCAGAGAGAGCUCUACUUGUCUCUGCUCCAGGUGCUGAAGGCCACUUAUUUGCAGGAGGGUUCUACCGUUGUCACCCUCUGCAACAGGACUAUAGAGUCUCUGUUGAAGAUCUCUGACUGGCACCCUCAAUACACAAGUACCAGGAGAGAGAUCCUGAGUGAGAUGCAGAAACUGGCCCUGUUUAAAGUUCAAAGUUACUGGCUUCCUAACUUUUUCAUUCAUUGCAAACUGUGCAUAGAGAAGGAGGAAGAAUGCCAGCCACUACUGCAAGAGUAUCAAGACCGUUUGUUAUGGGUGGGCUUGCGGGAGAAGCUCGUGUCUCCAGCUUCCACAAUGAGCAUACGCAAGAGCCAGGACACAUCGGAACUCUACUGCAGCAGAAAAGCCAAGGAGGAGACCUGGAAUCUCAUAAUUUCUGGGAAAAGAGCUGAAGAAACAGGGAAACCUACAAGUUGUGGGUUGCAGCCAGAGGGAACACCAGGGCCAGCUAAGAGUGCAAGUGGCUUAACAGACCCAGAGGCACUGCAGACUAAGGAUGAUGUCUCAAGAAAUGAGUCUCAGCAGUUACAGCCUCCUGAAAAGAGCAUUAGUGAGACAGGAGGAGAAGAGGCCACUGCCAAAAGUCCCAGCCCCAAAUCCCAGUCUCCUCUUCAAGUGGAAGAGCUCAGCAAAAAGAAACCCCUAUUUGAAAUACAUGCUUCCACACCUGUUGUCCAGCUGCCAUCACUGCUAGCCCUGAAAAAGAUACUCAAGUCCUCUCCCUCUUUAGAUCUCCUGCACUGGGUACUUAAUGCUGACAGCUGUGCAGGAUGCCCCUUCAGGGAGUUCUUGAAGCGCAGGAAUCAUACAGUGGAGACCCAUCUCUUGGAUCUGUGGCACGAUCUGGAGGACUUUCUGAAUGUAGUGCUGAGUUCCAGCAAAGGAGGAAGCUUUCUGCUGCGGCACUUGUUGAGUGCAAGGAUAUCCGAGACCUACUUGACAGAGAACAGCCAGCAACUUCCCUUGGAGCUGAAAACUCUCAGAAAUUUGCGUGACCUUCUGCCUUCUGGAAAAGUCAUUCCCUGGAUAUUAAAAACACAGGAAGAAAUUUGCAAGUCUCAGAUAAGCAGCAUUCAGAAGCCUGCAAGACAAGAGAAAACUUCUGAAAAAAUUGAACGCUAUCUGCUGGCCAAGAGGACAAAUGAAUCUCUGACCCUGAGCCAGGUCUUAGGAGGAGCCAGGGACUUUGAGUCACUUUCAGAUGAACACUGGCGCCUAAUAGCUACUGAGGAUCUCACAAGAGGUGGAUCUAUCUGGAUGGAAUUGGAGCCUGUUGUGCACAAGAUAGACUAUAAGAAGAUGACAUUUGAUGAGUUGGCCCUGAAGGAUCCCUUGAUAGCUGUAAAAAUCUUAAGUGAAGACUAUGGGUUCUUCUGUGCCAAGUUUCCUUUCCUUGCAUUAGGGCCAGAACUUCCUAGAAGUAUUUCCUCGAGCAAGAUGAGCAAAAGCAGCCUGCGCUCAGGGAAGAGGAGUAUCUUCUUGAUAAGGAAACCAUCCACCAGACCCAGGUGUUUCUUGGAAGUUCUGCACAAUGCUGUCCACUUGGAAUACUUCAAGCAAUUUCUCAUUCGACACAACUCUGAACAUCCGUUGCUGUUCUGGCUUGCGGUGGAGAAGAUGAGUGCUCAGACCAAUGCCAACGCUCUGCGAGAUGCAAUCACCCAUGUUGUCAAGAAUUUCUUCCACUCCAUAACCCCUCCUGAGGAACUGCUGCAGUGCAAUGCUCCCAUCAUCAAAGAAAUAGCCAAGGCCAGCAUGGUCACCAGCUCCAUGUUAAUAACAGCACAGCACUUAGUCAUGAAAGCAAUGGACGAGAAAUGGUUUCAUAUGUACCAAGACCUGUUCCCUGGGAGCAAUGUUUAUGAGACUCACGCUGUCAAAAAGCAGAGAAAGGGAACCUUCAUGAAGGACAACCUGAAAAGAGUCUGGUUUAUGCUACGUGCCUUUAUCAGGAGCAUCUGCAAGUUCCAGAGGGAGAUGGCCAGUCCAAAAUCUCGCAGAGUGUUUGAGACCUUUCUCCACAGGGAGCUAACAAACAAAAAGGAAAAUCUGCCCUCCAGCUCCAUACGCACUAACUUUGUAGGGUCUAGCCCCCGCCAGAACAUGCCUACCACCAGCACAGGAGAGGAUGUUGAAGCAGCAGUUAUAAAGCGCCGCGUCUUAAACCGACUAAUUACUGUCAGCUUUCUAGUCAAUGACCUCUGGUUCUUCCUGGAGAUUGACAAGUUUUGUAAGCUGUCUGAUUCAGCUGCAGCACUAGCCACCUGCGGAAUGUACUCCGAGAAAGAAGCUGCCUUUUUAAAGAGCAAAGCAGUCAUGAUCGCUAAAGUCUUCCUGCACUCGGAGGUGCCCCCUAAGCUGCGGGUGAACAUAACGGAGGGACAGAGAGACUACAUCCGAAACUUAACUUCCAAGGCGACAGUGGAUCGCAGCCUCUAUCAUGGGGUCAUACUUACUGUGUUCCCAGUCCUGAUAUACUUCUGGAGAAGAUACUGCAACUGGAGGGUAAUGGAGUCCUUCCGCAAGUACCAGAAAGGGAAAAGAUUUGUCUCUACACCCACCAAAACUUCACCUGAAACAUCUGGCAUCUUCAGUGGGGAGGAUUUUCCAAUCAUUAGGUUUACACUGCUAAAAGGGAUCCAGCUGCUCCUGCCUCAACCUCUUGAAGAUGCAGAGUCUUCUAUAGACCAACAGUCUUCAUCUGGAAGCCUCAGCCGGAAGAAGCCAGCAUCUAGCAUCUUCCUGACCCAACCAACUGGGCAGCAGCUUCCUGAUAUUUUAAAAAGUCACUCUAAUAACCCAUUCAGGCUUCCCCUAUUUGAGUGAGAUCAACAGCCUCUGUCCAUCUGAAACUUGCUCUGAAGACACUUCAUCUUCAGUCCUUCAGGUCAGGACUAGAGCAUACUGACAGGUCAGUGCUGGGAAAGUAAGACAAGAUUCUUGGGGGAUGUGGUACUUCCAAACUCGGGUGCCUUGGCAAACAACUGUCUGCAGUGGGCAGUGGCAGUGUCCUCUGUCGUUAAUGUCCAAUCAGUGGCCUCUCUCCCCAUAAAAAGGAAAUAAGUCUCCAGGCACUUCAGCCAAAUACUACUGGAUUCCUCCUGACUCCAGGGUUGGCAUUUGGGCACACUAUUUUCCUAGGUGCCAGGCUCCCGUCCAGUUUCCCAGAGAGAAUCAUUCCAACAACUUACCCACUGUAAACCUGCAGCCAGUGGACUGCUCUGAAGCACUUACAUUUUGGGAGAGCCUGAUUUUUCUGCAAUGCCUUGUGUACCCUUGUUGCAGCUACCAAUGACCUACUGCUGAUAGAUUUAUGCCACUGCAACCCUGUUGUGUGGAUAAACAAAGCCUCCAUAACAUGUUCUUUGCAAUGCUGGAGCUUCCAUGUGCUUGUAGCCAGGACAAGUUGCACUGUGACUAGCCAAGGCUGAGAUCAUCUUUGCCUUUGUACACCAAUAUAGCUCAGCUCUGCCAAAAACUGAAAUCCCCAGUGUAGCAAGGCAAAGGGAGCACUGUCAGGCACACAGAUUACCUUUUCAAUUGUUAGGUCUCAGCCAGUUGCAGAGGAUGAUGCAAAGCCUUUCCUCUCUCCACAGGACCAGAGGGAGGCCUUAUGCUCCAAUGUCACCUCCUUAGAGUAUUUCCUACUGAACUGUGCACAGCAGAAAGUCCUGAGUCUUCAAACAAGCACUGAGAAUUAAAUGUUCUGUUUG